UCGCGCAUCACUGAUAAGACCUAAUUAUAGAUAGGAUAAAGAUAACGCGCAGCCUCGUUAUCAAAUGUAGUACAAACAUUGGACAGCGUGUACUACAUUCCUAAUGGCCACGCCGAUAUCAAAAGAAAAAAAGCUAACACACGGUGCAACAAGACACUGCUGUUAUGGAAUAUGCAACAGUGACAGUAGAUAUGCUGAUCGAGAAUAUAUGACUGGGGUUUUUUGGAUACCAUUUCCAAAACCCAAGAGGAAUCUGGAAAAAUGUCAGCGAUGGGCGCGUGUGUGUGGCAGGGAAUAUUUUACCGUUGAAAAGGUUACAAGAUGGACAUACAUAUGUAGUAAACAUUUUGUGGGUGGAAAUGGACCGACAGCAGAACAUCCUGAUCCCAUUCCAGCAACUCUAACGCCAAAUCAGGCGGAAAAAUUCUCUAGGAAAAGGAAACCACCCACUCCACGGAGCAAUCCUGUUUCUAAAAGAAUGUUAAAGGACGUGUCAGAAGCAUUACUAUCCUUACAAGAUGAGGCAAUACCUUCAACUUCUACUAGCACUUGUGAUAUGCAUCGUGGCCAUAUUAAGGAGAACAGAACAAAUAUAGUCAACCAUGAUCAGUCUGACACUAUAUGUACUGGGACCGGGUCUGAUAUGAAUCAGAAUGAACAUGUCAAACAGGAGCAGACCCAAAAGAACGCAAUUCAUUGUGCAACACAAAUACAAGAUUGUGGGACACAAACUACUUUUCAUUGCAGUGAUAUUCUUGCCAAUAAAAUUGAGAGAAGGCUGAGGAAAAAUGAAGGGCAUUCAAAGCAAAAGAGUCCGCAAAAACAGAACACCAAAAACAAGUUUGAUUACGAGCAAUUGGCAACAAAAGGAAAACUUUUUAAAUUUUACACAGGUUUAAAUGUUGAACAAUUUAACCACUUUUUUAAGGUCUUGGAAAAUGCCGGAGGUGUAUAUGAACUGAAAUAUUGGAAAGGAAAUAAAACAAAAUCACCAAAGAAAAGGCGAAACGACUCAAAACAACGACAAACCAAACUAUCGACAAGAAAUCAGUUAUUAUUGGUCCUUAUGAAGUUAAGGCAUAGGUUUCCAAAUAAAGAUCUUGCAUACAGAUAUGGAGUAAGCAUCAGUACUGUCUCUUCAACAAUUAACACUUGGAUUCAAUAUUUAUAUAAAGUUACUGGUGGUAUUCGUAAAAAAAUGUUUCCAUCUAGGGCUUUAAUUCAAAAACAUUUGCCUGCUUGCUUUAGGUCCUUCAAAAAUGUCCGUGUGAUAAUUGAUUGCUUUGAGAUAUUUACUCAGUCAUCACGGGAUUUUGCUGAGCAAGGUAAUAUGUAUUCCUCGUAUAAAAAUAAUCCAACAUUGAAAUGUUUGGUUGGUGUUGCACCUACAGGAGCAGUUACAUUUUUAUCAGAUGUAUAUGAGGGAAGUAUAUCAGACAAGGAGAUAACUGUAAAGUCUGGUUUGGCUGACUUGCUUAAUCCUGGAGACUUGGUGAUAGCGGAUCGAGGGUUUUUGAUUCGGGAUAUACUGAACCCAAGAAAAGUAGACCUUAACAUUCCACCAUUUCUUUCAGGAAGAGAUCGACUAACCCCUCAAGAAGAAAUAUUGACAAAACGCAUUGCACGAGUACGCAUUCAUGUGGAACGAGCAAUUGAGCGCAUGAAAAAAUUUAAAAUAAUAGGAACAACAAACCUCUUAGUCUCAAACCAGUAGCCACAGAAAUAGUGCAUAUAAUUGGAUUUCUAGUCAAUUACCAAAGUCCACUUGUAAAAUGAGCAUUGAACAUUAAACUUGAUAAAAUAAUUCUAAAUUUAUAAAUGAAUUCCAGCCUGACCUUGCAUUCAUUAGAGAAGUAUCUUUUUGUUGCAUGAUUUUUUUCUUCAGUACAUUUAUUGUGGUUCAGAUGAUUGGGCUAAUAUCUGCUUGAUUAUUAUAGUUCGUCUUUUACUGCCUUUGUUUUCUUUUGACCACUUGUUUGGGGGGGGGGGGGGGGG